AAAUGAUGGGAGGACAGCUGCUGUUGCUACAAAAAGUCUCUUUGGACUUGCACCCAACUUUCACAUGAUUCAUUUGUCAAAGUUUUUGGGUGCAUUUAUGAACACAAAAUAGUCAACUCUGGAUUGGGCAUCGCCAAAAGAACCAUGACCUGAUCUUAAAAACUAUGGCUAAACUAUGGAGCCUCCCAAUGUACAUCACAGUAUCAGUGGUGGCUUUCGCGGUGUCGAAGAUGAUCAUGGCCUUCCUCUGCUACCGUCGAUGGAAACGCAAGCAAAUGGUCGUUCAAGACACAUUCACAGGCGGGAAGCUCGUGAUGUUCCCAUCAGCCACGACUAAGUCCCUAAAACCAACCAUCUUCUUGAAGAAGACGAUGAAGCUGAGCAGCAAGGACGUGAUCGGCUCUGGUGGAUACGGCACCGUCUACAAGCUCGUCCUAAACGACGUCGUCUCCUUCGCUGUCAAAAGAGUCCACCGGUCGAGCGCUGACCACGACCGAAGCUUCGAGAGAGAGCUCGCCGCCAUGGGCGACAUCAAGCACCGCAACAUUGUAGCCCUCCAUGGAUACUACACCGCGCCACAGUACAAUCUCCUCAUCUACGAGCUUAUGCCGGCCGGCAGCUUGUAUGCGCUCCUCCAUGGGACUAAUAGUAUGGGGAAUAAGAUGGUUUUGGAUUGGCCGAUGCGACGGCGAAUAGCGAUCGGAGCUGCGAGAGGGAUAGCUUACCUGCAUCACGACUGCAUUCCGCAUAUAAUUCACCGCGACAUAAAGUCGAGCAACAUAUUGCUGGAUCAUAAAAUGGAGGCACGGGUGUCCGAUUUCGGGCUAGCUACGUUGUUGGAGCCUGAUAAGACUCAUGUCUCCACAUUAGUUGCCGGAACCUUGGGAUAUUUGGCACCAGAGUAUUACGAGACAGGGAAAGCAACAGCGAAGGGAGACGUGUACAGCUACGGCGUCGUAUUGCUGGAGCUUCUCACGGGGAAGAAGCCAAACGACGAGACGUUUGUGGAAGAGGGAACUAAGCUAGUGACUUGGGUUAGAUCGGUUGUUUUGGAGAAGAAAGAGGAGCAUGUGAUGGAUGGGAGGCUGACGGAGUGCGAAUGGCCGGCGGUGGAGGAAGUAAAGCAUGUAUUUAGCAUAGCAGUGAUGUGUCUGGAGACAGAGCCAACCAAGAGGCCAACAAUGGCGGAAGUAGUGAAGAUGCUGUGUUAAGUUAUCAGAGGAAGGAAGGAAGGAA